CUUAUUUUCAUAAUCUUUAAAUACCACUCUAUGUCUAUCCUUCUUCACACCCCACAAAUUAAUUCACACAAUCUCACUCUUCUUCUUUCUCCUCAAACUUCUUUCAAGGGGCAAAAAUGGGAGUUGGUAGUCGAAUGCUCGAGCCAAAAUCCGAGUUGAAAGAUAGUAAGAACAAUAAUAAUAGCCCAAUUGAGCGAGCACCACACACUAAACCACCAUUCACACUAAGCCAAAUCAAGAAAGCCAUUCCACCCCAUUGCUUCCAACGCUCUCUUCUUCGCUCCUUCUUUUAUGUCUUUCGAGACCUUUUCUAUGUCACUUUGUUCUACUACUUAGCAACCUCUUACUUCCACCUUCUCCCCCAUCCACUCCCAUACUUAGCUUGGCCACUUUAUUGGAUCUUCCAAGGUUGCGCUUUGUUUGCUUUCGGGCUCAUUGGUCAUGAAUGUGGUCACCAUGCCUUUAGUGACUACAAAUGGAUUGAUGACAUGGUUGGUUUUGUUAUCCACUCUGCAAUUCUUCUCCCAUACUUCUCAUUUAAGUAUAGUCACCGUCGUCACCAUUCAAACACUGGCUCCAUUAACCGCGAUGAAGCUUUUGUUCCAAAGACGAAAUCUCAAAUGCCAUGGUUCUCCAAAUACUUAAACAAUCCAUUAGGAAGAGUCCUAACCCUUGGUUUUUUAUUAACUAUUGGUUUCCCUUCAUACUUAACUUUCAAUUUAUUAGGCAGACAAUAUGACCGUUUCGCUUCUCAUUAUGAUCCCUACUCUCCUAUAUACUCCAACAAUGAAAGGCUUCAAAUAUUAAUUUCCGAUGUGGGAGUUUUCAUCACCAUAUUCGUGUUGUACCAACUCGCCUUAGCAAGAGGGUUGAGUUGGGUUAUGUUAGUGUAUGGGGUACCAAUGGUAUUAGUAAGUGGUUGGCUUGUUUUGGUCACUUACUUACAACACACUCACCCUGCAUUGCCUCACUAUGACUCGUCCGAAUGGGAUUGGUUGAGAGGUGCUUUGUCGACAGUUGAUCGAGACUUUGGAGUGCUCAAUAGUAUUUUUCAUAACAUUUCAAACACUCAUGUUGUCCACCAUUUAUUCCCCACAAUACCAUAUUACAAUGCAGUUGAAGCAACUAAAGCUGUGAAGCCAAUAUUAGGAGAGUAUUAUCGUUUAGAUGAGACUCCAAUAAUUAAAGCUGUGUGGAGAGAGGCAAAAGAGUGUCUCUAUGUUGAGAGUGAUGAUGAGUCUCCUCUUUACAAAGGUGUUUUUUGGUAUAAGAACAAGUAGUGAUAAAGUCAAAUGUUUUGUGGUAAGUGUUGAGUAUGAAUGUGUGUAUGUGUUGUGUAAGAUGAGAAAAGAGUUUAUGAUUAAUAAAAUAUAUUAAGGGUGAGAAAAGAGAAACUCCUACUAACUAGGUAGGUGUGUUCAAGUGUAUUUUUGGGCUAUAAAUAAUUAAGGCUAAUUAAGAUUUUUUGCUCCUUAUGUACUAAA